GUGUGAUCAGUAUAUAUUGCAUGAGCUUCAAUAUUAGAUGCUAAGGAAAAAGAGCGCGACGAUGAAUGCGAUCAUGAGCAAAACAUCACUGUGUGCAGGCUGCCUAUUUUCCAUCUUGUUGACUGUCAGGUGCACCGAGCUCUGCCCGCACGGGACCUUUGCGGACGCGGUGACGGGCAUGCCGAUCAACCUGCUGGGGGGCUGCGUCUUUGCCCUGAUCCAACCAAGGCGGGCCCUGGUUGAUCGUGGAGUGCCGCAAUACCUGGACCCCAGUGACCUGGAGGACGCACGUUUGCACAAUUCGAUCCCAUCUCCAGCGCUCUUUCAACUCGCGGGCGCCAACCUCCUUUUCUCCCCCCCCAGCGUUCAGUCACAGGACGGCUGAUGCAGACUUUUCCCCCUCACCUUGAGUGGCGGGCGCACUUAUCUCAGGUUCAGGCAGCUCUCCUCCGGGCUCAUGGCAGCUACACGGUGGAGCUCUAUCCCCCCGAGGCAGCGAGUCAGUCUUCUACCCCGUUCCCCCUGGAGCCCCUCCUUCGGAAGACUCAAAACCCACAGCGGCGCUUGCAAUACUCUCUGAUGGAGGCCACCAACGUUCACCCUUCCAACCAGUGUCCCAUCCACCUCGCACGAGGGGUCGAUCGCUUCCUGCAUGGGCUACCCCCGGCUAAGCUGCCUCCCACCUGUGAUCGUUGUGCUACAGCUCUAGAUGCAUCGGCGGGAAGCAGUGUCUCUCAUUUGGCCAAUUGUCGUCAUCGCGCUGCUCUAUGGACCACCGCACAUGAGCAGUGUACUGUGGUUCUUCGCGACAUUUGUGUGGAAGCUGGUAUCGUCACGAAGCUCCAUCAACAGGGACUGCGACACACCCGGACCCUUGUUCCUCAGCAUGGCCCCACCAACCGACACAUGGGCGACCUUUGGCACCCUGGCCUCUCCACCCACACCUGGAAUGGGCUGGUUCUGGACUUCACGAUGACUCAUCCCUACAACAGCAGCGGCAGCCCCGUCGGACUUUCUGUGCUCUCCGGCCCCGCCCAACAGAAGAUUUCCGAUCAUCGCGCAAGUUAUGGCACCCAUCACCCACCGAAGGCCUUUCUUCCCUUCACUGAAGGUACGGAUGGUCUUCUUCAUGCUGACGCUUUGCGGUUUCUCUGGUACCUGGCGGAUCACCAUGGAGCUACGCUGACAGCGGAGUGGGAUGGAUGCGCUCAGGAGGCGGUGUAUGGGGACCCUGGCUUUCAUCGUUUGCGUGCUCGUCUGUUUCGGCAGUAUCGCUCUCGUAUGGGUCUUGCCGUCCUCCUCGCAGGGGCCUUGCGCUACUGCUCUUUGUCCUGAUCCUUGUUCCCCUGCUUGUCGUGCAUGCCGUCG